CAAAUCAGUCGCUCGCUAGAAAAGCCACGAAUUCGAUAAAUUGGUCGGUGUUUCGUUCGAAAACCCUAAAUAUUUUCCCCGUAGUGUUCCUCAGAGACUCACUUUGAUCUCUGAACCACAGGCUCGCUGACAAGGAUUUAGAGUGUUGGAGAAGUGGCGAUGGCUGGGAAAGAAGAAAACCGUAUUUUUGUGGGAGGCUUGUCUUGGGACGUAACGGAGCGUCAGCUUGAGCACGCCUUUAGUCGUUGCGGCAAAGUUAUUGAAUGCCAGCCAGCACUCACACUUAUGUACAAGCAGCAUUCACAUUAAUUCUUAUUAUGGUGAAGUUGAGGCUGAAUAUGAAUGUGGUUUUGGAUAUGUGAAAUUUGGUGCAUGGGAGAGAUCUAAGAAAAUCAGACUGACCUGUCUAGUGUCUGUGAAAGGGACUCCUCAUGAGUGAUAAAUGCCAAGUUUGAGAUUCAUAAGUGAAUUCAUUAUAAUGGGAAUGGCUAUUCAGUGGUUAGGUAUGCUGAUCAGUGGACAAGUUUAAUAUUAUAGCAUGCUUGGCGCUGCUCUCCCCUUUCCAAUCAAAAGAAAUCAAUUCCUUGUCUAUACAUUGGCCUCCAUCCCAUUCAGUUGGUUACUUUUACGUGGUACUGAUGAUUACUGAUAUAUGAGACGCAUCUUGUGCUGUAUAUUUCUCCUUUGAACUCUAGACUUAGAUUUAAUGUUUAAUAAAAUUUUAAUUAGAUUAUAGAUUCAGAACAGAAGUUAAAGUAUUAUUGAUGCUGCUAGCUUUGCUGUCAGUUUAUUUUCUCCCUUGAUAUAUAAUAUUCACAUUACGAGAACUGCUUCCCUUAUGUUUGAUUACUUAUUAUAGAGGCAGGGGCAGCAGAUAUGCCAGCUUACAUACUCACAAUAGUUCUGGUGAAAUAACAUUUUUAGUGAUCUCUGGAUUUAAGGUGGCAUUUCCACUUGUACCUAAGUGUUCGAUUGAUAUAUGGAUUCCCUGCUGACUAAUGUGACAGGGAUAAUGCCUGGGGCCUGUGCUUUUUGUUUCUAAGAGCUGAAUGGUUGACCGUACUUUGCUUAAUAAUAUCCUUUUCAUAGGACCUUUCAAAAGGUGCUAGGAUUAUGUGAUACUAUGUAGAUCAGUUGAGGUGGUUUUUUAUGCCAGUUCAAAGAAGUUUUGUGUGUUUGAAUUCAUCCGAGGAACCUGAUCUUGCCUGAACUUGGUGAGUUUAUAACAUUUUCUCAAUGGAACCUAAAACACAUUUAAUCAGAAAUUUUCUCUAGUCUGGAAAAGUUGAUGUUACAGAGGUUUAUUUGAGGUCCUGUGGGUACUGUGGUACCAUCAAGAUUUUCCUAAUUAUCCGUGGUCCUUUGGAUGCUUAAAGUGCUGGAGGUUGAAUGCCGUUGAUUUGGGCAUUACUCAACAUUUGAAUAUAGUUAACUGGUCAGAGAGGUAUAUUUUGAUUUUGACUGGUUCUGCUUGUGUCGCUAUGUUUUUUUAUUCAAGCUACCCAGCUCCUGCAUAAGACUGACUUUUCUGCACAUUGCUGGUGUGCCAACUAAGUCAGUAAAGAGACAGAAGAACUACCUACAUGUUAGGCAUAUAAUCCGCCAGAACGAAAACCUAUCAAUGUUACACUUUUGUCUCACAUAUGCUCAAGAUUAUAGCUGCAUAAGAUUGACUUGCCUUUGAAUUCCUGGUUCAGUUAAUCACUAAGUGAAGAAGGAAGCUGAAUUUCAUACCGAGAAAAGGAAUGAUCUCCAGAGCUAAUAUAGUCAAGAUUGCACCUCUGUCUUGAUUGUUGCCAAUUCUGAAUUUUGGGAAUUUGAUUGCUGCCAGGGAGAUUUUGUUUUGCGAUAUCUUAUGUGAUAUUUAUCAUAAAUUGGAUUUGGGACGGAUUGAACUGGUGACUGCAGGAAUGGAAGACCCGUUUGCAUUUUGAUGAUUCGUUGCUAGUUUGGGCUACCCAUUGUUUUGUACUUUCCUGUUUUCAAGUGGGAAAAUAAUAAUGCCUAUUAUAACAUAGGGAUUCUGAUUGUGUGAGUCGGAUAUCAUUAUUUUUUAUUAAGAGAUGGUUUAAAGGUCCAUCAAUCAAUGAAGUUCUGAACUGCUAUGGGAUGUGAUGACAUUGUUGACUGGAUUGAGAAGUAACUGUUGUAUGAGGUACUUUGGUGUCACACAAUUAUGGGUUUUGGAUGAAUUGAAUUUCUUAGCUGUGUGAAUAAUCUUGCAGUGCUUUGUCAUCAUGACUCAAAAUCAUGUUGGAAAGGGACACAGGUCGUCCACGUGGAUUUGGGUUUAUCACAUUUGCAGAUCGUAGAGGAAUGGAGGAUGCAAUCAAGGAAAUGCACGGACGGGAGCUUGGUGACCGCAUUAUCUCUGUCAACAGGGCCCAGCCCAAAAUGGGGUCAGAUGAUCUAGACCAUGAUUACUCAUCAGGUGGCAGAGGAAGUUACGGGGUGGGAGGCAGGGUAGGACAGGAUGACUGCUUCAAAUGUGGGCGACCUGGCCAUUGGGCUCGAGAUUGUCCUUUGGCAGGAGGAGGUCGUGGUGGGGGUGGGGGUUCAUAUUCUUCCCGUCCUAGGUUUGGAAGUGGUGGUGGCCAUGGGGAUCGCCUCGGAGAACGUGAUCGAUUUAUUGAUGAUCGUUAUGGUGGAGGACGUUUUGGAGAUAGGGAACGCUUUGACAGCCGGGAUAACAAAUAUGGGGAUACUAAAUAUGGCGACCGUGAUCACUACUACAGUGACAGGUACCGGCCUAGUGGAGAUCGGUUUGCAAAUGAUUCCUAUGGUGGUUCAGACCGUUACCCACAAAAUAGUUAUGGGAAAGAUAGAGCCUAUGACAGGUAUCCCAGUGCAAGAAAUAACGAUAGGUUCGGAAGUGGAGCGCCAGCACGAGACCAAGGCAGGAGUUUUAGGGGUGGCCGACGUGGUGGUCCUUAUGACCGUCCAAGCGGCAGGGGUGGCCGCCCAUCUUCAUUCAACCGUUACUGAUUGUUUCUUGUUGGUGUGUCAACCAGAUGUUGAAAUCUAGAUGCUGCAAUAGGGGCAGGGUUUUUGUUUUUUUGGGCGUUGAUGACCCUCUGAACAUCUAGUUGCAUAGAUUUCAGUAUUUAUUAGGUUUUAUUCUACUCUUCAGAGCUUAUAUAUCCUAGUGGACGCAUUUCUCUGUUGUGUUUAAAGUGGAGGAGCAGCUCCCUUUUUCAAGGUUGCUAAUUGCAGAUAUUGUGCGGCUUAUAUGGUCACAUCUGUACGCAGUUGCUUUCCUCAAAAAAAAAAAACAAACACAAAAUGGUGUUUAUUACUGAUGUCUGUGCAAGGACCAAUUGUAAAAUUGUUUUCUCGAAAUUUGCAGAAUCGGUGAAACUUGAAAACC